UGGCCAAAAGCCAAAAACAGCAUAACUCUGCACCUUUUGACAUCUUAACGCGAUCAUUAUUUUAUAUUCAAUAUCGUGUAAAUUUUUAAUUUUAAUGUUCAUAGUCCAUGUACAUUCAAUACCUUUUUUGACUUGCAACGCUCCAAAAUAUUUACCUUGUUUCUAAUGGUUUUUCAAGUUUAAAUCCGUUUCGAUUAUUUUAAUUACGUUACUACCAUUGGUUACUACGUUACAUUUUUGUAAGUGAUGUGUGGUAAUGGUCAGUAAUGGUACAUAUCUAAAUCCAAGCCCAGUGUUGCCAAGCUCUUUACAUAAAAUGAAAAACAAAAAUCGGUUAUUGUGACCGUAUUUGACAUUUAUAAAAUAAAAUUGUCAGUUUUAAUGCUUGUUAAGUCUUAUACAACUUAUACAAUCAGCAAAAGUAGUAGUGUGAUAACAAGUUUGCGUACAUAUUUAGUACACACUUACACACACGUUAUGCAUACUAGUUUGCAAUAACAAACCAACAGGUGUAAAAUACAUGAAGAUUUUAGUGAUGUAUGGUAAAUUAAUAGUUAAAAAAUAAAAAAAUCUAUUAGAUUAUCAAUUACAAUGCCUUUAUUUGGAAAAAAGGAUUCUGAGAAGAAGGUGAAGAAAGAUGGGAAAGAUUCUGAUAAACAAUCUUUGAUUGAGGAGAAAUAUGUUCUUAAAGAUAUGCUCGGAACAGGAGCUUUCUCAGUAGUAAGAUUGGCUGAAAGUAAAGAAAGACCAGGUGAGCUAUAUGCUGUAAAAAUAAUAGACAAGAAAGCACUCAAAGGCAAAGAAGACUCAUUAGAGAAUGAAAUUAAAGUUCUUAGAAAGUUAGUUCAUCCUAAUAUAGUGCAGCUACUUGAAACAUUUGAGGAUAAAAAUAAAGUCUACUUAGUUAUGGAAUUAGUCACUGGUGGUGAACUUUUUGACCGUAUAGUUGAAAAGGGUUCAUACACUGAAAAGGAUGCUGCUGACUUAAUUAGACAAGUUUUGGAGGCUGUUGACUAUAUGCAUGAACAAGGGGUUGUACAUCGAGAUCUGAAGCCUGAAAAUCUGUUGUAUUAUAAUCCUGAUGAAAACAGUAAAAUAAUGAUAAGUGAUUUUGGGCUCUCUAAGAUGGAGGAUUCUGGUAUAAUGGCGACGGCUUGUGGCACUCCUGGAUAUGUUGCACCUGAAGUUCUUGCCCAAAAACCAUAUGGGAAGGCUGUGGAUGUUUGGAGUAUAGGUGUAAUAUCUUACAUUUUACUUUGCGGCUAUCCGCCUUUUUACGACGAAAACGAUUCUAACCUUUUUGCUCAGAUACUUAAAGGAGAAUUCGAAUUUGAUUCUCCCUAUUGGGAUGAAAUAAGCGACUCUGCUAAGGAUUUCAUUAGAAAGUUAAUGUGUGUCGACGUAGAAAAGCGUUAUACAUGUCGUCAAGCUUUAGCUCAUCCAUGGAUUUCUGGUAAUGCUGCAAGUAAUAAAAAUAUCCAUGAAACUGUAGCUGAGCAACUGAAGAAAAAUUUUGCAAAAUCACGUUGGAAGCAAGCUUAUCAUGCUACAACAGUUAUAAGACAAAUGCAACGAAUGGCUUUAAGUAGUGGCGGCCGAAGUCCAGUGCCACAACGCAGUGGUGCAGACGAUUACCCUUGUGGUAAUAAUAAAAGAUAAAUAAUAAUCACUUAAUUUGAAUAACUUAAUAUUACGUUAAACUAAGUAGUAUGGUUUUAAUGCGACAUUGGAAAUGAAUCUCAUUCUUAUCAGCUUCAACCAGAACGAGCAAUUGGUUAUAAAACGAAAAUAACAAGUAGAAUGUAAUUUGAUGAUUGAAAAAAGACUCAUAGCUUAUUAAACCAAUAAAAAAGACGAAGAACUCUAUUGCUAAAUACUGUACUAUAAAGCGCUUGUAAUUAAUAAAUAGCCCCUGUUGGCAAUUUUACUUAAAUGAAUUAUCUGCUGAAUUGAAAUCUUAUUUACAGUUGCUGUAUUGUCUUAUAAUUUUGAAUUUUUUAGUGAUAAAAGCUCUCAUAGUCUUUUAUUUUAUAUAUUUUUUUAAAAGAUUUAUUACUACUUUUAUAUAUUUUUGUUCCCUAAGGUGUCUAGACAGAAUCUCAAACGUACGCAUUAACUAAAAUGUAGUUUUCAAACAAAUGUAUAUUUUAAUGAUUUUUUUUAAAGUAUCUGACUGUGCAGGGUGAUGGCUAUGCAUAUUGGUCCAUUUGCUUUAGUGUUAUGUAAACAAAUUAUAAAACUUUUGUUAGUAUGGUAUAUGAAGUGUUUCGCUUUAAGUCACUGUUUUUUUUAUUUUCGAGUGACAUUUUCGGAGAGUGCUAUUAGAAAUAACGUUUCUCAUCUAAACUGUUGCUGGACACCUUAUCUCUCCAGGUUUAUUCGAAUGUUAGGGGUAUAAAUUAUACAAUAGUACAAUAAAUGUACAGUAUAUUUUUUCAGUGUUCCAUUUUUUUAGUUAAUUGAUAGUUACUAAGGUACUGUUGGGUAAGUUGUUUAUAUUGAAUAUAUUGUAUAUUUGAA